AUGCCGAGGGCUUGGCUCUGCAACUGCGGAGGUUGUUGCAGCACCUCCCGACGCCAGUUCGUCAGCAGGGUGUUUGGAAGGUCUCUCGAGAGUUGCUUUUUUCCAGGGCAGCUUGCAAGUUUCUGGACAGGCCACAGUGCGCGACAUGUGUUGACAAGCAUUGCAGCUGCUUUAGGUGUCGGGAAGGACCGGCGCGAUUAUCUUGGGAGGUGGGCUUAUGCUCAGCAUGGUUCGCAGGACUACGUGCUCACCUCGAGGCAAGUGGUGCAAGGGGUCCAGAACUUCGUCUGCAGGUCACUCAUCUUAGGGCAUGAGUCCGGAGGCUACAGUGAGGAAGAACUCUUUUGGGCUGUCAAGGCGCAUGCUGAUAGCUUACUCUUGGAAGGGGCUGAGAUUGUGAAGGCCAAUGACCUGCUACAGUGGGAUGAUGUUCAGAGAACAUGGAAGCUUGAUGCUCAGCUGCCUGGGCCUUAUGAGCCCUUCGAGGGCAAGGAGGAUGGAGAUGAAGCACCGUACUUCAGGGGAGGAGUGCAUCUUGACAUGGUUCGCAUGCUGCAUGUUGCACAUGCGAUGAGUCCGGUGGCAGCUGUGACUGUUAGGACAGUGCUGUCAAUUGCGUUGCUCUUGCUAGACGGGGUCUCGGAAGCCGAUGCCCUGGAUCAUCUGGAUAAGAAGGUGAGCUCUGAUCUGGUGCACAUUUUUCAAGAGUGUGGUGUUCCCUUGGGCUUGCAGUACAAGCUCACGCAGCAUUUCCAGAAUGUGAAAAGGUUUUCCACAUAUGCCGAUUCCCGCGCGGAGGUGAGGAAUUCGCUCAUAAAGAAUCAGAGCUUCGGGCCGAAGCACGGAUGCUUGGGGUGCAUCGGCCGGUGA